AUGUCCUUUCGUUAUCUGCCACUCGUUGGGGCUUCCUCUCUCGUCCUCGCAGCUGCCCAGAAUACCGUGCCUCUUGCUAUCACCGCUCAGCCCAGCUCAGGUGCAUCAGGCAUCAUCAGUCCCUCCUUCGCCGGCUUUGGCAUUGAACCCUCGAACCUUUUCUCCUUCACCGGCGGCAGUAGCGAGAACCAACUGACCAAAAACCUAUUGGAGAAUCUGGCAAACUAUACCGGCACUCCGCCGCAUCUACGCAUCGGAGGAAACACUCAGGAUUACUUUGUUUGGGACGAGUCUCAGACUGACUAUGCUUGCGAGCCCAACUCUCACAGUGUUGGCCAGGGGGUCUACGCCUCGGACUCCAUGAUUGUCGGACCGCGAUACUUCGAGGUCAUCGAUCGAUUUCCGGGCAAUACGCCAAUCACUUUUGGAUUGAAUCUGGCCUACGAUGAAACGGAUUACAUUGAUCAGAUCACAGCCAUGGCAACCCAGGCCGUGGAGCGAUUAACCAAUGUUAACCUGGUGUCCUUGGAGAUCGGCAAUGAACCGGACUUGUAUUUGGAAAACGGAUUUCGAACAGGUUCAUGGGGCGGUCAGGUCUACGCUCAACAGUGGUUGGAUCGCGCAGGCGCUGUAUGGGAGCAGGUGCUUAAGCCCAAAGGUCUCCCAAGCAAUUUCUUCGAACCAGGCGCCACUGCCUCCACUAUCGGCACAACGUUCCAGAUCGAUGAUUUGGAUAGCUUCGGGAUCACGGCUCACGCCAAUGGCUCAACCAAGCCCUACGUAGCCAGCUGGAAUCAGCAUGACUACUACUACUACAUUGGAGUGUCGACAUACCCCCUUACUCAGUAUAAGUUCAUGACGUUGUCCACGACGAAUGACCAAUUUGCUGCCUGGGAGGAACAGAUCACCCAGGCUAUGAAUACGGGCUAUCCGUAUGCUCUACGUGAGAUGGGUGUGGUCGGUCCUAUCGGGAUGGAGGAUAUAACGGACGUUUUCGGUGCUUCUUUAUGGACCCUCAACUUCCUUUUUUAUGCGGCAUCCCUCAACAUCUCUUCGGUCCAGAUGCACAUGACGGAUAACAGCAAUGCAAGUGCCUGGCAGCCGAUUGAACACUACGGCAACCAGCCGUUUGUCCGACCCAACUACUAUGCGUUCGCCGCCUUCGACCAGACGAUAGGCCCAACAUGUCAGGCUCAAGUCAGUGGCUAUACCCUUCGCGAUAUGAGCGACCCUUAUGGUGGCCGGUGUGCUGCGUACUCUGUGUAUCAAGAUGACACUCUAGCCUCAGUGGUUCUAAUCAACUCAAACCCGGCAAACGUUUCGGAACCCAACAAACCGAGCCUGACUUUUGAGUUGACAUUGCCGACCCAGUUUGCGGGACAGGACCUGUACCUGGCUUAUCUCACCAAUGAUGGUGCCGAUGCGAAGCAUGGGACAACCUGGAACGGUAUCAGCUACGAAAAGAGUGGCGAUGGGACGCCUACUGCAGUGAACGAUACCGUCCAGACGGUCACCAUCGGCCAUGGAGGGCUGGUCAAUGUCACCGUGCGAGACAGUCAAGCCGUUAUUGCCAACAUCGGUUCUCCAGUAGGUCAACUAGCCCCCAACCACAGCGCUUGCCAGGCGCUGGCUGCGAGUACGCCCGAUGCCAAACCGGUUUCGACUCCCAUCGGCACCAGCACUGCGAAUAGUGCAUCGUCAACUCAUACCAACGCUGCCUCGAGAACUGUCAGCAGUGCACGGUCAAGCAGCACGAAUGGCGUGUCAGCUCUCUCUGCAAUGUUUUUGGGAACCCUCUCGUCGGCAUUCCUGACCGGGGUCUAUUUACUCUGGGUAUAA